AUGGCGGACUGGAAUCAAGGCAAGGUCGACAACGAGCUGCUCAAGGCCGUCUGCGCUGCGGGUCUACGGCUCAUAGGACCGGCGCAGGAGGAUGACGACUCAGUGCCCCAUGCCUGGAUGCGGGAGGUGCGCAAGGGCAUGCUGACGAACCUGGGGACGACGACCGUCGCCGAGCUGCAGACCAUGGUGCUGUACAUCAGGUUUGGCUUCACGUCGCAGUUCACCGAGGACGUCUGGACGUUGCUUUCCGUCGCGGCGCGCAUGGCCUUCACAAAGCGGCUCAAUUAUGAGCGACCAUCUGUCGAGCCCGUACGGCGAGAGUGUCUGCGACGUCUGAUGUGGGGGAUCUAUUUUCUCGAUAAGAUCUUCUCGAGUGGCAUCGAAGACUUGGCCGUGUGCCCGACACACCGGCUGCACAUCCGGCUGCCGAGCAACGACUACUACUUCCAGCGAGGACUUGCGUCGAGGUCGCAGUACUUGCACGAGAAGGGAGACAGCUCCGGUGCCGACAUGAAUGCUAUCGCGUAUCGCAUGAGGUUGAUGGACCUACGGGACAGGAUCCUCAGAUAUACGAAACGAGUCAUUCGAAGUGGCACCAGCCCCUCCAACACCAAAGAGGAGCUCCUGUCCCUCGACCGCGAGCUGCAAACCUUCAGAGAGAACCUUCCCGAAGAGUUGCAACUCACACCAAGUAGGCUCAUGUUCAUGUGCCACUCGCGCGACUCGACAGCCUACAUCAUCCUGCACUCAACCCUCAUUCUGUGUCGGUGUGACCUGCACCGGUUCCUCGUGCCGGGGAUGAAGGAGACGGUCUCGCCGGAGGCCAUGGCUGCCACAUCGCAGGAGUACAUCGCCUACUGCCAACAAACAUGCAUUGAAAGCGCCGUCAAGCUCUGUGACAUGUGGUCGCAGGUGUACCAUCUUGACGCCCACCGUCUGAUCGACAGCCCGACGCUCACCAUCACUCUGUAUCAAUGCGUCAAGGUCGUGGAGCAUGCGUACUGGCUGCUGCCGGAGCAUGGCGAGCACAGUCUUGUGAGCAUCAAAGGCAAACUGAUGGAGGCGCUGUGCAUGGCGAGGCGCAUCCAGGAGACAUAUACCUGGCUCCGGCCUUGCAUUGCCGACAUACAGAGACUUGUGCCGACGUUGGGCUUGCGCAGCCGCCCAUCAGUCUCACCCGGCCCCAACGAUCGACAGGUUCACUUCCACUCAAAGUAUGUCUUCGCCCCCGAUAAGAUCGAUCCGGCCGACGACCCUGUCGAUUCGACCUCGCCCGAGUCUCGUGCUGCGGCUCCGACGCCGUCAUUCGAUGCAGAGCUUCCGCCGCCUCAACAGCCGCUGCCGCCGCCGCCGCCGCCGCCCCAGCAGCAGCAGCAGACACCUUCACAAACGAGUGCCAACUGGCACCCGUUGAACACGCCCAACAUGCCGCCACCGCCCCAGGUGUACGGCACGCCGUUUGCCGGCAGUUACACCCCGCAGGACGACGGCAGCAUGCACUACGGGUCGGUUCACGUCGUGCCGACGCACCAGGCCAACGCCGCGGGCUUGGCUGUGCCUUUUGAAGACCCAGACAUCAUGAUGCCGCUGGAUCCAUUCGAUCUGCAGCUAAAUGCGUAUACUGAUUACGACUUUCCUUCUGUGUUUGGUGGAUUGGAGUAA